CGGCAAGGGAAGGCUGGCGCUUAAUAGCGCGGAGGGGUCUUGUGCAAGCGCUGUGAUCUCUUUAGCAAACGGAAUUGAAAGCCGCUUCUUUCUUUCUUUCUUAGCCCACCUUUGAGCCCAUCUUCCCACCGGUUUGGCCUUUCGGAGUCCAAAGAUGGACACCGAGGACGACCCUUUGUUGCAGGAAGUUUGGCCCAACGAGGACGAGGAGGCCUGCAAGAAGAGCCCGGGGGCCCAGUUGUGUGGCAAAUGCCAGUGGACGCCUCCACCACGGACCCCACCAGCGACAGAUGCCCUUGCCUCCAGCUUUUGGGCCGUGGUGGCUUGGGUCUUCACCAACCCUUACUCAGCCGGAAUCAUUCUCUUCUUGGGUUGCGCCAUUCCCACCGCGCUGGCCUUGACCAUGUUCUUGUACUACCCCGCUCUGGACAUCGAUAUCUCUUACAAUGCCUUUGAGAUCCGCAACCACGAGUCCUCGCUCCGUUUCGACGCUCUCGCUUUGGCCCUCAAGGCCCAGUUCGGCUCCUGGGGCCGCAGCCGUCGUGACUUGUCGGACCUCAACUUGGAGGCCUUGCAGAGACUGAUCUUUGAGCACUUGCAGCAUCUCCGGCACAACGCUUCGCAGCCGGUUCGGCGGAAACGUAGCGUCCCGGAACAGAACAGGACUAGCCAGCCUCUGCUCCAGUCGUCCAGCCGGACUUCUCGCCAAUCCCGGAGUGCUCCGUCCCACUGGGAGUACCCCAAUGCCAUGGCGAGCGCCAACACUCAGACCCAUGCCCAUUGGCGCAUCGAGCUCAUCUUCCUCGCUCGGGGCGACACCGAGAACAACAUCUUCACCUCCGAGCGCCUGGUCACCAUCCACGAGAUCGAGCGCCGCAUCAUGGACCACCCGCACUUCCGGGAGUUUUGCUGGAAGCCCCACGAAGUCCUCAAAGACCUCCCACUGGGCUCGUAUUCCUAUUGCUCUCCGCCGAGUUCCCUCAUGACGUAUUUCUUCCCCACAGAGAGAGGAGGAAAGAUCUACUACGACGGGUUGGGGCAGGACCUGGCCGACAUACGAGGUUCCCUGGAGUUGGCCAUGACCCACCCUGAAUUCUACUGGUACGUGGAUGAAGGUCUUUCCGCUGAAAACAUGAAGAGCUCCCUUUUGCGGAGCGAGAUCCUUUUCGGAGCGCCUUUACCCAGCUACUACUCUGUUGAAGACCGAUGGGAGGAGCAGCGGAGGAAAUUCCAAAGCUUUGUGGUGUCCUAUGUGGCCCUCUUAGCCAAGCAGUCGACCAGCAAAGUCCAAGUUCUUUACGGCGGGACAGAUUUGUUCGACUACGAGGUCCGGAAGACCUUCAACAACGACAUGUUGCUGGCCUUCAUCAGCAGCAGUUGCAUCGCUGUCCUGGUCUAUAUCCUCGCUUCUUGCUCCGUCUUCCUCUCGUUCUUUGGGAUUGCUAGUAUCGGACUCAGCUGCCUGGUGGCCCUUUUCCUCUACCAUGUGGUCUUUGGGAUCCAAUAUUUGGGAAUCCUGAACGGAGUGGCGGCUUUUGUGAUUGUCGGGAUCGGUGUGGACGACGUCUUUGUCUUCAUCAAUACGUAUCGGCAGGCCACGCACUUGAAAGACCUGAACCUCCGCAUGAUCCACACCAUCCAGACCGCAGGGAAGGCCACCUUCUUCACCUCCUUGACCACCGCGGCAGCCUACGCGGCCAACAUCUUCUCCCAGAUUCCGGCCGUCCACGACUUCGGUCUUUUCAUGUCGCUGAUCGUUUCCUGCUGUUGGGUGGCCGUCCUCUUCACCAUGCCAGCAGCCCUCGGGAUUUGGUCUCUGUAUCUGUCUCCAAUGGAGAACGCCUGCCAGGCAAGCUGCAGCCAGAAAUGCACCAAGGAGGACACCUUGCACAUCUCCGAUGGUCUGUUGAUCUCCACAGAAGAAGGUGAUGGACCAGGACAGAGGACUCUUCCUUAUCUGGACGACGACAUCCCCUUGUUGGAUGUGGAAGAGGAUCCAGUGUCUCUCGAAACCGGGGACGUCCCAUUGGUCUCGGUUUCGCCGGAAAACCCCCAAAUCAACCCAAAGGACAGCAGCCACGGGCAUCUGAUUGGUCGCCUCCAAGAAUUAUUGCAGCGUUGGGUGCAUUGGUCGGCUGUGAAGAACAAGUGGGUGAUCGUCGGACUGUUCCUGUCAAUCCUCGUCCUCUCCAUCUUCUUCGCCAGUCGCCUCCAUCCGGCCAGCCGGGCUCCGCUUCUCUUCCGUCCUGACACCAACAUCCAAGUCUUGCUGGACCUCAAGUACAACCUAAGUGCUGAGGGAAUCUCUUGCAUCACCUGCUCAGGCUUGUUUCAGGAAAAGCCCCGCAAUCUGCAGAAUAACAUCCGCACCUCUUUGGAGAAGAAGAAAUGGGGAUCCGGGAUGGCGUGGGGCGGCCAUGGAAGCCCCAUGGGAGACGGAGGAGCCCUACAAGACCUCCAGGGAACUGUCUACAUCUUCAAAUCCAAAGGCCAAGGCAGACCAGUGGUCUACCGGUUCUCUCUCAACUCCACUGUCCCGGCGCCUUGGCAAAUGGUCUCCACCGGGGAUGGAGACAUCCCUUCGUUCCAGGUGUAUAGACUUCCUUACGGUAACUUCACCAAGAGGCUGACCGCUUGUAUGUCCACAGUAGGGCAUCUCCAGCAGAUGGGCCCCAAGAAGUGGAUGAUGACCAGCUUGUCCUGCGACGCCAAAAGAGGGUGGAAAUUCGACUUCAGCUUCUACGUGGCUGCGAAGGAGCAGCAGCGCACGCGGAAGCUGUAUUUUGCCCAAUCGCACAAGCCUCCUUAUCAUGGCAGGGUUUGCUUGGCACCUCCCGGCUGCUUCCUCAGCUCCAGUCCAGAUGGGCCCAACAAAGGCUUCCUAUACGUGCCGAGUGAGAGAGCUGCUCCCAAAACCAAGUUGUCUGUCACAUCCGGAUUCAACCCUUGUGGGAACGCGAGUUGCGGGAAGCCAGCUGUGCGACCUUUGGUUGAUACGGGAGCCAUGGUUUUCGUGGUGUUUGGGAUCCUUGGGGUGAAUCGCACCCGGAGCAUGGACAACCAUGUCAUCGGAGACAUGGGCAGCGCCGUUUACGACGACGACUUCGACCUCUUCAAAGAGGUUGGCAGCUUGUGCCGGAUCUGCAAGGCCAUCGCCCGCAACGCCAAGCUGGUCAAGCCGGGAGGAGCCCAAUGCUUGCCUUCAGGUUAUAGUAUCUCUUCCGUCCUUCAGAUGCUCCAUCCAGAGUGUAAGGAUCUCCCCGAGCCGAAUCUCCUUCCGGGGCAGCUUUCCCAUGGGGCCGUGGGGCUGAAGGAUGGCAAAGUCCAGUGGAUCUCCAUGGCCUUUGAGUCGACAACCUACAAAGGCAAGUCGUCCUUCCAGACCUACUCCGACUAUCUCAAGUGGGAGACCUUCCUCCAAGGGCAGCUCCAACAGUUCCCCGAAGGGUCUGCGCUACGCCGGGGCUUCCAGACCUGCGAACACUGGAAGCAGAUCUUCAUGGAGAUCAUUGGUGUCCAGAGUGCUCUCUACGGCCUCAUCCUGUCCCUUGUCAUAUGUGUUGCUGCGGUGGCCCUCUUCACUACUCACGUCCUACUCCUCGUUCCUGUUCUCCUCACCAUCCUUGGCGUAGUGUGCCUGGUGGUGACCAUCAUGUACUGGUCUGGAUGGGAGAUGGGAGCCGUGGAAGCCAUUUCCCUCUCCAUCCUCGUUGGCUCCUCUGUGGACUAUUGCGUCCAUCUGGUUGAAGGUUUCCUUUUAGCCGGAGAGAAUUUGCCCCUUCACUUGGCCGAGGACCCCGUUUCCAGCAGGCAAUGGAGGACCAUAGAGGCCACCCGGCACGUGGGGGUGGCCAUCGUCUCCAGUGCCGUCACCACCAUCAUCGCCACUGUCCCGCUCUUCUUCUGCAUCAUCGCCCCCUUUGCCAAGUUUGGCAAGAUCGUGGCCCUCAACACGGGCAUCUCCAUCCUGUACACCUUGACUGUGAGCACCACACUCCUGAGCGUCAUGGGCCCCCCGUUCUUCACCCGGAGCCGGACUUCCUUUCUCAAAGCUCUUGCUGGGGUCCUGCUGGCCGCCUUGGCCAGCCUGGUCAUUUGCCUGGUGUUGCUGAGGAGCGGGUUCAGGAUCCCGCUCCCCAAUGGGACCAUCCUAUAGUUCCACUGAGCCCGACACCCCAUCCCCACUGUCCCUCCUUCCUCUCCUGCUUUCUGUUCCCAUCCCAAGUGGAGUGCAGUCGGAGUUUGGGGGACCAUUCUGGGAUAGCCCCGUGUCAGCCAAUCUGCUCUGGGUC